CUCUCCGCUGGAAACUGAAGUGUGAUUGUCGAUGCUGUGGGUGUCCGACUUUCUCUGUCAUUUUCUAUUUUCUCUGAGCUUUCGCUCGUCUUUAAAUCCGUCUUUUAGGUUUCCUGUUUUUUAAAAAGUGAAACAAACCUUUAUAGGUGACUUAGGAUAUGUUUUAAAAAACUUCUUUCUGCGUUUUUUUUUUUUUUUUAGAAACCGAUGGAAGGCGGACACCGAGAUGGAGAAGCUAACCGAUAGCUCACUGAUUAGCCUAGAAGCAUAGCUCGCGGAUAGACUCCAGCUAGCAUGCUAACAACUGUCUAAUUUAGCUUUUAUUGGCUAACAGGGAGGCUUCUUUUACUGACACCAGAGUUAUUCUCGUUUGUCUUGUUUUUUUAUUUUUUAUUUUAUCGUGUUCGGUUUGUGUGGGGACAGGGAAGCCAGGAAGACUCGAUUAUCUGGUCAAAAAAAAGGAGAACGGCGCGGCUUUUUGUCGAGAAGCGGCGGCUAGGUGAUCUUACUAGCUCUGUCAACCAGACUGGACAUUAUGCUGUCUAACGCUCAGAACCAGCCACUGUUUCCCAUCCCGGCGGGCCAGCAGAACCCCACGGGCCAGUUCCACGCCAGACCCCACCUACAGAUCCAUAAGAACGCCAUAACGGACGAAUACAAGAUAACCGGCCAGGUGUUGGGACUUGGGAUCAAUGGCAAGGUGGUGGAAAUAUUCCAGAGGAAGACCGGAGAUAAAUAUGCUUUAAAGAUGCUGCAGGACUGUCCCAAAGCACGCAGGGAAGUGGACCUUCACUGGAGGGCUUCGCCGUGCGCCAAUAUCGUGCGCAUCAUCGAUGUUUAUGAGAACCUCUAUCAGGGCAAGAAGUGUCUGCUUAUUGUCAUGGAGUGUAUGGACGGCGGUGAGCUUUUCAGUCGAAUCCAGGACAGAGGAGACCAGGCCUUUACAGAGAAAGAGGCCUCUGAUAUCAUGAAGAGCAUAGGAGAGGCCAUCCAGUUUCUACAUGCAAUCAAUAUUGCACACAGGGAUGUUAAGCCAGAGAAUUUACUGUAUUCGUCGAAGAGGCCAGGGGCUCUCCUGAAACUCACAGACUUCGGCUUUGCUAAGGAGACGACCUCACACAACUCUUUAGAUACUCCCUGCUACACACCGUACUACGUUGGUAAGAGGCAGCUCUUCUGUCAAUCAAUGGAGGUUCCCCAGACCCCACUUCACACCAGCAGGGUUCUAAAGGAAGAGAGGGAUGCAUGGGAGGAAGUCAAGGAGGAAAUGACCAGUGCCUUGGCAACGAUGAGGGUCGACUACGAGCAAAUCAAAAUCAAGACCAUCGAAGACUCAAACAAUCCACUGCUAAAGAAAAGGAGGAAGAAAGCCUCAACAACCGCUGCCCACUGAGAGCGUGGGGCCUGCAUGCACACAUUAAACACCAGGUUGAGAGGAGAAAGCAAUAAUUGUCGACACGAGUCGCACUGCAUGGAUUUUCUCAGUGUCUUAUUUUUCCUAGCAAAUUCUGAAGUUUUCUAUGUGUUUUUUUUUCUUCUUUUUUGUUACUCGGCCAUUUUAACAAGCUCGCCACGCUGCUCCCUGCAGGGUGAUGAGCAGGUAGACGUUUUUACUCCGGAUAAAUAUUAUGAAAUGCAGAGGAACAGGAGAGGGAGACAGGAAGUGGUGUUUGGGAUCCUUCUCUCUCUCUUCUCUUUUCACAAUAUCAGGUUGCAUACUCAGAGGGGCUUCCAAUGUUGGAAUAAAACAUGGAGCCUUAGUGUUAGCUGUAGUUAAAUUUUACCCCCUUAUCCGUAAAUGUUUUAUCUUGUGGCUAAUUCCCCAAAAAAUGGAAAUAAGCAAAGGUUUCUUUCCGUAUACAUGCAAAAUUAGCAGAUGUAUUUUGAACUGACAAGAGGAAUGUAAAAGUUGCCUUCCCAGCCUGUGGGAGUUGGCUAUAUUCUGACAGGAAGUGUCUGUCUGGUUCAGUUUGUCUUUAUGAAUGUUAAACUGAGGCCUAUGCACUCAAACAAGGGAACUGCGCCACUGACUGAGCACCUCAGUCGUAGCCCUUCUCUCCUAGCUAAAUAGGUGCCGGUCAGACAGAACGUUUUUCUUUUCCAUGUAGCUCACCGGAGAGGAGGCAAACGAUACUGUAUUUUUUCAUAUAUUUCUAAGACAGUUAUAGCCUAGGCCUUACUGAGUAUUACUUAUUAUUGCAAAUAGCUUUUAACCCCUUUUUGGCUUUUUUUUUUAUUUGUUUUGGUCAUUUAAGCUUUUACCAAUUUUACCCCUCUGAUUGGGAAAUAUCGGCAGAUUGUUUUUCAGGUCAAUGCUAUGCAGAUGUCUGUCAGUUUGGGAUAGUGUUGAUUUCAAAUGUGUUGGGAAGAUGUCAUGCAUCAAUAAGGGGGUUUAUAUAAGGAAUAGGAGGUUGGGUGUUUAAACUUAUUCCUCCUGCCUUCUUCCUGAGUGAGGACCUCUAGCAGGUUACCACACUGCUCCCUCCAUCACUGAUUGGUUGUAAAUCUGCCAGGACACUUCCUAACUCACUUGGGAUCAUAGAAAGUUAUCAAUAAAUUUAUCAUUUGGGUUUUUGUUUUUGUUACUAUGUAAAAUCACACCCACCUUAGUAUUUGAACCACACGGAUGAAUCGCUCACAGUGAGAGUGCUUUGGGUUGGGUUUUUGUUUUGACCCCUCAGCAUCACAUUUUUGUAGUGAAGCACAGAUGUGUCUGUCUUUAGGCUCGUCUUAGAGUCAGUUCAGCUCCACCUGUCAUACUUUUUGUCUGCUUCAGCUUUGGAUUAAAAAACCUCAUGUAAAACAACCUGUUUCUUUA